AUUUGAAGCGCAGCCAACUUUAGUCACGUCGCUGUCACGAAUUGCAAUUUUUAUAUCAAAAAAAAGAAAAGGUUUAAUCACUAUAUCAUAGGCCUGUACGGUGUCAGUCCAGUUAUAAUUACGGAGAACACCAGCUGAAAAUAAGUGGACAACGAAUAAAAUAUAAAAGCCACGAACUUAUUUAGAAAUUGAACAGGAAAGGCAUUUCAAUUUUGAUUGGAAGUUGUUGGAAGUCGCAUAUAUACACAUAUACACACACAUAAACAGUGAAAAUGACAUCGCUGGAUCAAAAUCGCUUGCAAAACUUUAAAAACAAAGGAAAGGAUCAAGAUGAGAUGCGUCGUCGCCGCAAUGAAGUAACCGUGGAGUUGCGCAAAAAUAAGCGCGACGAAACAAUUCUGAAGCGUCGCAAUGUGCCCAACCUGGACUCCAACACAGAUGAGGAUGAGCAAUUGCCCAACUCGAUAAAUCUCAAGAAACUCGCUCAGGCCGCCGCUGAUCCAUCGAAACCGGAUCAACAGUUGGCAGCCGUUCAAGCGGCACGCAAAUUGCUAUCAUCGGACAAAAAUCCACCCAUUAAUGAUCUGAUCAACAGCGAUAUAUUGCCCAUUCUGGUUGAAUGCCUGAAGCAACAUAAUCACACAAUGCUCCAGUUUGAGGCCGCAUGGGCAUUGACCAACAUUGCAUCAGGAACUUCCGAUCAAACCAAUCAGGUGGUUGCUGCAGGUGCUGUGCCGCUCUUCCUUCAAUUACUGAACUCACCCGCUCCGAAUGUCUGCGAACAAGCCGUAUGGGCGCUGGGCAAUAUCAUUGGCGAUGGACCCUUGCUGCGCGAUUUUGUUAUUAAGCUUGGCGUUGUGCAGCCGCUGCUGUCGUUCAUUAAGCCCGAUAUACCCAUAUCUUUCUUACGUAAUGUCACCUGGGUAAUUGUGAAUUUGUGCAGAAACAAGGAUCCGCCGCCACCAGCUGCCACAAUACAUGAAAUCCUGCCUGCACUCAAUGUGCUGAUCCAUCACACUGACACAAACAUCUUGGUCGAUACGGUUUGGGCCAUCAGUUAUUUGACCGAUGGCGGCAACGAACAAAUCCAAAUGGUUAUCGAUAGCGGUGUGGUGCCCAAGCUGAUACCGCUGCUGGGCAACAGCGAGGUUAAGGUACAGACGGCAGCAUUGCGUGCUGUGGGCAACAUUGUAACCGGAUCGGAUGAGCAGACACAAGUGGUACUCAAUUACGAUGCACUGUCGUAUUUCCCAGCGCUGCUGUCGCAUCCAAAGGAAAAGAUACGCAAGGAAGCUGUCUGGUUUCUAUCGAACAUCACCGCCGGCAACGAAUCCCAGGUGCAGGCUGUCAUCAAUGUUGGCCUGCUGCCGAAAAUCAUUGACAACCUGAGCAAGGGCGAAUUCCAGACACAGAAAGAGGCAGCUUGGGCCAUAAGUAAUUUAACCAUUAGCGGCAGACCCGAGCAAGUGUUUACAUUAAUCAAGGAGGGUGUCAUACCGCCAUUCUGCGAUCUGCUCUCGUGCCAGGACACACAAGUGAUCAAUGUUGUGCUCGAUGGUCUCAACAAUAUGCUCAAAGUGGCCGCAUCACAUGUGGAGGAGGUUGCCAAUUUGAUUGAAGAAUGCGAAGGACUCGCCAAAAUUGAACGUCUGCAAAACCACGAGAAUAUUGAGAUCUACAAGCUAGCAUACGAAAUUAUUGAGAAAUACUUUACAGAGGGCGAACAAUCUAAUCUGGCACCGACUUCUGAUGGCACAGAAUACAACUUUGAUCCGAAUACAGAUAAACUACCAAUGAAUUCGUUCAACUUUUAAUACCAAUGGCUGAGAGCAGUACCGCAUAAACACAAACAAACACACACACUUCUGAUUUGGUGGUAUACUCGAUUGAAAGCAUAAAGCAAUACGAUUUCGAGCGAUACUCUGUGCCCAUUUACCAACAAAAACAACAGCCACACUGACAGCAAAAAAAAAAACAAAA